AUGUCGGAACUCGACGCCAGGACUGCAUCCGCUCGGGGCAGAAGCACGAUUAGAGGUGGCAGAGGUGGCUUUAGCCGUGGUGGCCCUCGCGGCGGCAGGAAGAUCAACGGCACGGAUGAUGCAACUUCACCUGAAGAGGAGUCACUCGAAGACCAGGGCGAGAUCGGCGAGAUGAAGAAGAAGUACGCGACAGAGCUCCCGAUGCUCAGAGACAUGUUUACGGGCUGGACCGACACUGAUUUAGUGUUUGCGCUUGAGGAGUCAGGCGGCGAUCUCAGUGCAGCUGUCGAAAAGAUCUCACAAGGCUCCGUCUCACAGUUCGCUGAGGUGAAGAAGCCCAAGGAUCGCGCCCGCUCCAAGGCCAAGGAGGAGCCAUCAACGGCCGGCGCUGCCGAUAAGGUCGGCUUCGCUGCCCGUGGAGGACGUGGAAGAGGUGGCUUCGACAGCACUCGAGGUAGUCGUGGCCGUGGUGCGGACCGUGGCAGAGGUGGAUUCCGUGGUGCUAGGGGCGGUCACGCGACCACCAAUGGCACAAUCAAGGAAGCAGGCAGCGAGUCUGUUCCCACCGCCGAGUCGACCGCAUGGAACACUGAAGCUACUACCGCAGAGGGUACCUGGGACACACCGGCUGCAGAUGCUCCCAAGGACAUUACCGAUGCUGGUGCUGGCGCUUGGGGUGCCGCAUCCACGACCGAGACCGCUGCACCUGCGCCAGCCGCCGCACCCGAAGCUGCGAAGAGCACUGCGGCACCAGCCAGCGGCGCGAAGAAGAGCUGGGCUAGCAUGUUUGCUGCACCUAAGCCUGUGCCGCAGAAGCAGAUUUUGACCAAAGAGACCGCACCUGCUGCAGUAGUUGCCGCAGGUAUCGAAGCUCCACCAGCCGCCGCCCAGGCGGUCCUCGAGAAGAUAAUAGCUCAAGAGGAUCCUGCCCAAAGCCCGGAUGCGGAGCCACUGCCACUGCCAACUGCUGCACCUACCAUCGAGGAGCCCUUGGCGACUGCGCCCGCUGCUAACGUGCCAACGCCAGCUACCGUCGACACUGAUGCUGCCGCCGAGCCUGACCCGUUGACAGAAGAGAAUGUUGAACACCUCCCCGAUGAGUCGCAUCCACCUGCCACCCAGACUGUCGCGAGCACCGCAGGCUCUGCAGACCCGCGUAACCUCACACCAAUGCCUAACAAACAGGCCCCGAUUGGACGUCCACCACUUGGUGGCUACGCCGUCAGCGCAAACCGUUUGGCUGGUUCAAGCGGCAGGAGCGCCAGCUUCCAGCGGAGGGUACAAGAACAGCAAGAGGCGGUCGUGAUGCCAGGACACAACGCAGUCGACAGAGCUGCAGUACAGUUUGGAAGUAUGGGACUGAACGGCGAGCCAGGUCCAGAUGUUGACGAGGAGCGAGAAGAGCCGGAGACACGCCAUGCGCCUCAGCACUCACCUCCGUCGCAACCAAAGACGUCUUUGCCCCCUGCGCCACGCGAGACUGCAGCUCCACAAGCUGCUCCAGGUCUGCCAGAAGCGCUGCCAACACCAAAGCAGGCACCUGGCCUCCCGCCAGCCUCAGCGCAGAACCAGCAGCAGAUCCAAGAUCCCGCACUAGCGCAAAGCCUUCCACAAGAGCAACAGAUGCCACAGGCGUACAAUCAGUAUGCCCGUUACGGCCAGCCAGGUAUGCCACAGCAACAGCAGGAAUCAGGCACUCCACAGCAGAAGCCAUACGAUCCCUUCAGUCAGCAGGGACAACCAUCGCACUACGACCAGUAUGCUGCCCAGCACCAGCAGCCUCAACAACAAGCACAGCAAGCACCGGCAGGUUUCGGCCUUUCCUCUGCUCCAAGCGAGUACUCACAGUACUACACCAGUGAUCAGACUCGCAACGCUUACAAUCAGUACUACGGUAGCUCCUAUGGUCAGCAGGACACUCGUGGUCACCCAAGUCAAGCCCAGCCACAAGUUCAGCACGAAGCACUUGGUCCACAGCGAUCUGCAAGUGGUUUCGGAGCUGGAGCGAACGAGUCGGCUUUUGGUUCACAGGCGCAGCAGACACAAUCGCGCUUCGCUGAGGCUCCUGGCUCUGGUAAUAACACUCCCAACCCAGUCAUGAGCGGUCAUCAGCAGGCGGCACCCAGCGGUCAGCAAUCGCAGCACAUGAUGCACCAGGUCCAGGCCCAGGCCCACCAAGGUGGGUACAACGCAGCAGGCUUCCCGUAUGGUCACCCAUACUACAAUAGCCCCUACCAGACAGCAUACCAAAACCAAUUUGGCUACAGCCAGCCAGCCGGCUAUGGAGGAUAUCCACAAGGACAAGGCCAGAAGGGCGGCAUGUACGGUCAGCCACAUGCCGGCUACGGCAUGGGCUCGCAAUCAUCGUUUGAUCAGCAUUCAUCUUCACCGGCCAAUGCGAAUGCCUUUGCCCAAAACCAGCAGAGCUCAAUGCGCAGCACAAGCGGCAUGGGCUCCGGUCUUGGCGGACUUGAUGACUAUCAGCGAUCGUCAGCUCAGAGUGGUGCUCACCAGCAAAGCAGCAAUUUCGGCGGUAUGAAUGAUCCUUUUGCGCGAUCCACUUCCGGCUUUGGUACUCAAGGAUAUGGCCAGCAGAUGUCAACUGCGGGACCCGAAGAUUCACUGAAACCAUUCAGCGAUUCCAAGGGCGGUCCUUCACCAGCCUUGGGUCAGCCAGGUCGUCCAGGCUCAGCCGCCAACAGCGCUGCCGGCGUCUCCCAGUCUGGCUUGCCUCCGCCACAAGGCCAACAGUCUGGCUAUGGCGGAUACCCAGGCUUUCAGAACCAGAGCAGUCAAUACGGCGGUCUUGGCGGUCUGGGAUCUCAUCAAGGCAGCCAAGGUGCCGGACAGCAGAGCGGCUAUGGAGCUCAGCAGAGUGCCUAUGGCGGCUACGGUGGCUUCAACCAGACCUACGGCAAUUACGGGCAAUCGCGUGGCGGCUGGAGUGCUAACUACGGCGGACAUUAG